CCAACUUUUCCUCAGUGGGGAGAGCAGAACACACUCAAGAGCCUUCAGGGGCUCGCACUUUAUUUGCCUGCACGGAGGUGUGGAAAUCAUGAGAACAAAAUGCGAAAACAUCCGAGAUGCGCUGAAAUCACUUUUAGUUGGAUACUGCCUUGCAUUUUGCGCUCUUUCCAAGCACGUCCACGGCCAAGAGGGUGAUGGCUGCGGACAUACACACCUGGGCACAGAAUCCGGCACGUUGGCCUCACAGAACUACCCGGGUACAUAUCCCAGUCACACCUGGUGCAAGUGGAAGCUUCGUGUGCCGGAAGGGCGCACGCUGAGACUUCUUUUUGGGGAUUUUGACAUUGAAAAUAGUCCCGAUUGCAGUAACGGCUCUCUUGUCAUCACAGAUAAAAACGGGCAUCCAAGCCUCGGCCCUGUGUGUGGUAGACUUAACGCAUCACAAAGGAAUAUAACACUUACAAGCAAUGAAGUAACGAUAACCUUCAAGUCCAAGUCACAUCUGUCUGGACGGGGCUUUUUGUUGUCCUACGCCACGGACCUUUACCCAGAUAUCAUCUCUUGUUUACAACGGGGGUCUCAUUUUAGCACGCCACAUGUGAGAGUUUACUGUCCUGCCGGCUGUAAAAAUGUGACAGGAGACAUUUGGGGAGGUCCCGAGCAAGGCUACCGAGAUACGUCGGUGCUGUGUAAGUCUGCCGUGCACGCCGGAGCAACGUCUGACAGUCUCGGAGGUCGCGUGAGCGUCAGCCGUGGGAGGAGCCUCACACGCUACGAGUCUACCUUUUCGAAUGGGAUCUUUUCCAAAACGGGGUCGUUAUCUGAAAAGAAGCUGGUGUUCGCUCAAGAAUGCAACAACAUCCUGGCGGUGUACGGUUCAAACGCCUCAUCUUUUGCGGACAAACUUUCCUGGUCGAGCAGAAAGGUGCAUUCAGGACACGAGGGUCUCGUCUGGACCGCAGAUUGGAACGAUCCGUCGCCCUGGGUGGAGCUUGGACUCACUGAUAAAAGCUCUAUCACAGGGGUAAUCACAACGGCAUCGGGCGAGAACCACAUCAAUGCUUACACGCUGCUUUUUAGCAGAGACAGAACGAACUGGAAAGUUUACAAAGACGCUGUCAGCAAAGAAGAAAAGGUGUUUGAGGCUUUUGCCGACGGUCAAGCGAGAGUGCUCAACAGCCUGUAUCCUCCCGCCGUGGCUCGCUUUAUCCGUGUGCGACCUCAGCGCUACCAUGGUCGACCUUCAGCUCGAGUCCAAAUCCUGGGCUGCCCCGUCAAAGUCACGCCAAGGUCUCGCUCACCCGACGAAUCGACUUUAAGCAAAGCUAACGAAGCGACUCCAAACACAUCUCCCACAUCCACAGAAGGUCCCGUUUUAGUGGCUUCCAAGCAGAGGUCCGGUCAACCAGUCAUCAUCGCAGUGGGAGUGGUCUUGGGACUAAUCACGUGCUUCGGGUGUUUGUUGGCUGGAGUCUGGUGGAAGAGAAGGAAAAAGGCUUCGCAAAUAAAAUACCCGGUGCCAACAACAGGUUGCCAGAGUUUCCAAAUCAAGACUCUCCCAUGCCCACCAUCAGAGCUCAUCUCGUACCCUCUUGAGCGAAAUAUCCACGACGCCCUACCGAGCCCCCCGCUCAAUGACUAUGCACAGCCUGCUACUGGACAGAAGGUGGGCUCUACAUUCCGGCCCUCCUCAAACGAGGGCUACACCAUCCCAUUCACAUUCAGCCACUACAACUCAUCUGGCAACAUGCCGGAGUACGCGGAGCCGCUUCCACCGGAACCCGAAUACGCCACACCUUUCGGCGAGCAGGAGUGCGCACCCUCAGCAGGGGGCACUCAGUGCAACACAGGCGGGCAACAGACGUCAUCUAUCGGACCCCCGGGGAACUACGACUGCCCCUCACACAGGAUGCUCGACAACGGCUACUGCACCCCCGCCCUCCACGCCAAUGCACUCCGACCUUACAGCGUCGUUUACGCUGAACCGAAGUCAUGUUACUCUUCAUUGCAGCGGUACGAAGAACCUUUGUGAGGCCAUCUCGCAAGAAGUGGGGAUGGACUGUAUUGCCUAAAAGUGAAAUAAAGCUGACGCAGCAGAAUCUUCAGUGACACAAGAAUCUAAAGUUGAUCACAGUGAUGUGGAAGCCAUUGCACACUACUGUGUGCCUGAAAAAAGAACUAAGUGUAAAUACACAAUGCUGCAGAAAGAGAA